UAUAUAAAGAGAUUAGAAAUGGUGUGAAGUCUGAAAAGAAAAGCCGGGCUGAUUGGGAUAUUUUAACUGAGAUUUUUAGGUCAUUUUCCAUGUCCGGUUGGGCAUCAAACCAGGCCCUAGCUAUUUAUAUUGGUGCCUCAUUUUUCCCCACUGCUGUUCACGAGUUCCGCAAGUUUUUCUUCAAGAACUGUAAGACUGAUUUAGUCAAGUACUUGGUAUCGCUUGGCCCUGGUGAUGAGGCAGAUAAGUUUUUAUUCCCCGUUUUUGUUGAGUUUUGUAUUGAAGAGUUUCCAGAUGAGAUUAAGAAAUUUAGGAAAAUGGUGGACACAGCUGACUUGACAAAGCCACACACUUGGUUCCCUUUUGCUAGGGCAAUGAAGAGGAAGAUUAUUUAUCACUGUGGACCAACUAACAGUGGCAAAACAUAUAAUGCGUUGCGGAGAUUUAUGGAUGCAAAGAAGGGAGUUUAUUGUAGUCCUCUCAGGUUGUUGGCAAUGGAGGUUUUUGAUAAAGAGAACACAUUGGGGGUUUAUUGUAGUCUUCUUACUGGACAAGAGAGGAAGGAAUUUCCAUUCUCAAACCAUGUUGCUUGUACCGUUGAGAUGGUGUCAACAGAUGAGCUGUAUGAUGUGGUCGCUAUUGAUGAGAUUCAAAUGAUGGCCGACUCUAGCAGAGGUUAUGCUUGGACUAGGGCAUUGCUCGGGCUGAAAGCUGAUGAGAUACAUUUAUGCUGUGAUCCAAGUGUUCUAAAUAUUGUUAGGAAGAUUUUUUCUGAUACUGGGGAUGAAUUAGUAGAACAACAGUACGACAGGUUUAAGCCUCUUGUGGUUGAGGCAAGAACCCUAUUGGGAGAUCUGAAAAAUGUGAGGUCUGGGGACUGUGUUGUAGCAUUCUCAAGGAGAGAGAUAUUUGAAGUUAAAUUGGCAAUUGAGAAGUAUACUAAUCACCGUUGUUGUGUUAUAUAUGGUGCUUUACCACCAGAGACUCGUCGACAGCAAGCGGCUUUGUUUAAUGAUCAGGAUAAUGAGUUUGAUGUCUUAGUUGCAAGUGAUGCUGUAGGAAUGGGUUUGAAUUUAAAUAUCAGAAGGGUUGUUUUCUACAACCUUUCAAAGUACAACGGUGAUAAGAUGGUUCCAGUGCCAGCAUCACAGGUGAAACAGAUUGCCGGAAGAGCUGGGCGGAGAGGCAGUUGCUAUCCUGAUGGACUAACUACUACUCUGCAUCUUGAUGAUUUGGAGUACUUAAUAGAGUGCUUAAAGAAGCCUUUUGAUGACGUUAAGAAAGUAGGCCUCUUUCCGUUUUUCGAGCAAGUCGAGCUAUUUGGAACGCAACUUUCAAACGCAACAUUUUCCCAGCUCCUAGUAGAAUUUGGUGAGAAUUGCCGAUUGGAUGGGUCUUAGUUUUUGUGUCAGCACCAGGACGUGAAGAAAAUAGCUAAUAUGUUGGAGAAGGUUCAGGGGUUAUCUCUGGAAGAUCGUUUCAAUUUUUGCUUUGCCCCUUGCAAUACUAGGGAUCCAAACGCAAUGUACCAUCUUCUGAGGUUCGCUUCAUCGUAUGCCCAGAAGCUUCCCGUCAAUAUAGCAAUGGGCAUGCCCAAGUGCUCAGCUCAUAGUGAUUCGGAGCUCUUGGAUCUUGAGACUAGGCACCAAGUAUUGUCUAUGUACUUAUGGUUGUCUAAUCACUUUGAGGAGGAAUGGUUUCCAUAUAUUAAGAAGGCCGAGAAAAUGGCUACAAAUAUUGCUCAGUUAUUGGGUGAAUCACUCUUAAAGGCUUGCUGGAAGCCAGAAUCAAGGAAGGCAUGCAAAUCAAAGCUGCAGGAGGAGGAUGGUUAUCAGAGGCCAAGUUCACUGGUUAAGUUACAGGAAAA